AUGAAGAAGGGCAUUACUGAUUUAAAAUCAGACGGAGUAAUAGGCUUGGGUUUUGAAGAUUCAAGUGGCGUGAUUUCAAUAAUUAGCACACUUGAGAAAGAAGGCAAAAUUAAUCAUAGGGGAUUUUCAAUACACCUUAGUGAGGAAAGAGACAAAUCAGAUUUGUCUCAUAAAAAAGCAAAUUUGAUAAUUGAUGGAUAUGAUCUAGAUAAAUAUUCAUCAGAAGACAGCUUUACAUAUGUUGACUUAGUUAAAUCAACGAGCUAUUGGGAAGUCCCCUGCGAUGGGUGUAGUAUUUAG